AUGGAUCCUGAUUCCUAUGUCCAAACUAUUGCAGGAAUCUUAGCUCUGUUAAUUGCAUACACUGUGUUGAGGUCCAUUAAAUUCCCUGAUGGAUCUAAAAAACUGAUCAAGGGUAACAAACUACCUGAACCACCUUUUGCUUUACCUUUCAUAGGUCACCUCCAUCUUCUGAAUGCUAGAGUACCCUAUUUCAGGACCUUUUCAGCCAUGGCUGAGAAAUAUGGUCCAAUUUUCUCUGUCAAUUUGGGUUGCCACCCCACCGUAGUGGUGAACAGCAGGGAAAUCGCCAAGGAGUGCCUCACAACCAAUGACAAAGUUCUUGCCUCAAGGCCUAACACUUCUGCAGGGAGACUCUUAGGUUACAACAAUGCAGUUUUUGGCCUUGCCCCUUAUGGAAAUUAUUGGCGUGAGAUUAGAAAAAUGGCCGUUCUUGAGAUUUUCUCAAGCUACAGGCUUGAGAAGUUAAAGCAUGUGAGAGACACUGAAACACUGUCUCUUGUGAAGGACAUGUACUCGUCAAUAUCAUCUGCAAUGAACGUGAAGGGUUCAACUGAGGUGGCUAUGAGCAAUCUAUUGGAGCACAUGACGUUCAAUAUAAUUGUGAGGAUGAUAGCUGGGAAGAGAUUUGGAGGGGACACAGUAAAUGAAGAAGAAAAUGAGGCAUGGAAGCUGAGGAAAGCCAUAAAAGAUGCCACAUAUCUAUCUGGUGUUUUUGUGGUGGCUGAUGCAAUUCCAUCCCUUAGAUGGUUUGAUUUUCAAGGGCAUUUGAGUUUCAUGAAGAGGACAGCUAAGACACUUGACCUUAUCCUUAAGAGGUGGCUGGAAGAACACGUGAAAAUGAGAGGGGAGCAGAGAAACGGUGGAUGUGAGAGGGACUUCAUGGAUGUGAUGCUAUCAGCCUUCGAAGAGCAAGAAGAUAUUUGUGGCCACGAGAGGGAGAUAGUUAUCAAAGCAACAUCGUUGCUUCUUGUCCUUACUGGUUCUGGAAGCACAGCCAUAACCCUAACAUGGGCACUCUCCUUACUCCUAAACCACCCCAAGGUCCUAAAGGCAGCACAACAAGAAUUGGACACCCAGGUGGGAAAAGAAAGAUGGGUGCAAGAAUCUGACAUAGAAAACCUCACUUAUCUCCAUGCCAUUAUCAAAGAGACCCUUCGUCUGUACCCACCAGCACCCUUAACAGGAAUCAGGGAAGCCAUGGAGGAUUGUUGUGUGGCAGGGUAUCAUGUCCCGAAGGGAGCACGUUUGCUUAUUAACCUAUGGAAGUUGCAGAGGGACCCACAAGUAUGGUCCAACCCUAAUGAGUUUAACCCAGACAGGUUCCUCACAACCCAUCAAGACGUUGACUUUAUGAGCCCGAACUUCCAGUUGAUUCCAUUCAGCUUUGGAAGAAGGUCCUGCCCUGGCUUGACAUUUGGGCUACAAGUGUUGCACUUGACCCUGGCUCGGUUGCUUCAAGGGUUUGAUAUGUGCGUGAAGGAUGGUGCUGAAGUUGAUAUGACUGAAGGGUUAGGAGUGGCCUUGCCUAAGGAAAACGAUCUCCAAAUUAUGCUUGAACCACGUCUUCCAUUGGAGCUUUAUGAAAACCUUUGA